AAAGCAGCAGGCUCCGCUGCUCCCGCUUCCAGGGGACGCCUAGGGAAGGAAGGAAGGAAGGAAGGAAGGAAGGAAGGAAGGAAGGAACCCUGAGAGAGGAAGAAAAAGAGAGAAGGAAAGAAGGAAAAGAAGGAAGGAAGAGUGAGUGAGUGAAGCUUGUGCAAGGCUCUGCCUCGUCUUCCAGCGGACUCUGAGAGAAGAAGAGAGAGAGAGGGAGAAGGAAGGAAAGCGUGAAGGAAAGAGUGAAGGAAGGAAGGAAAGAGCGAGCGAGUGAAGCCUGGCCCUGCCCUCGCUCUCCUUGCCCGAGGCUGCUCCUCUUCCUUCUCGACUACUGACUGGCAUUCCUUUUGGAGAAGGAGGAGGAGGAGGAGGAGAAGGGACUGCUCCAGGGCCAGCUCCCGAACUGCUCCCUCUGGCCCCAGCCUUGCUCCCGGGGCGCCUUCGCCGCCUCCUUCUGGCCAGAGAGCCAUGCCCUCCCUUCGGACCCCGCAGGAGGAGCAGGCGAGGCCCGAGAGGCGCUAGCCUUCGCCUGCUAGGCUGCCCUCCAUCCCCGGCUCCCCGCAGGAUGGCUGGCCUCUGCAGCAGCAGCAGCGGCAAGGGCGAGGGCCCUGGCUCUCCCCGCCCGAAGAAGACCCUGGAGGAGCUGACGCUGGACUCGGGCUUCGGGGCGGGGGACUCCCUGCUCAGCCUCUCCUCCUCGGCCUCGUCUUCCUCCUCCUCCUCGUCGUCGUGCUCCUCCUCGCGGCAGCCCCGUCGGGGGCCCCUGUGGCGCUGCUGCUCCUGCUCGCUCUCCUGCUCCUCGGCCUCCUGGGGCUCCUCGGCGCGGGAGCCGGCGUCGUCGGGGCCGGAGGAGGGCUCUCGGUGGGGCCGGGGCUGGGCGCCGCUGCCGGAGCCGGAGGAGCUUCCCUGGACGGAGGCGGAGCUGGCGUCGGCGCUGCGGAAGGCCGGGGGCGCUGGGGGCGCUGGGGCUCUGGGUCCGGAGGCGCUGGGGCUGGUGUCCGGGCUGCUGGGGCGUCCUCUGGCGCGGGUGGCGCGGGAGGCGCAGCGCCUGGGGGCCUGGCGGGCGCAGGUCAGCCGCUUCGAGGUGCAGAGCGCGGUCCGGCUGGUGCUGGGCUGGGCGCUGGGCGAGCGCUGCCUGGCGGCCGCCCUGGAAGCCCUCUCCCUCCACAGCAUGAGCGCCGGCGAGGGGCUCCGCAGGGGACGCUCCGCCCGCUGCGGCCUCGCCCUCUCGGUCGGGCGCUUCUUCCGAUGGAUGGUCGACGUCCGCCUGGCGCCCCGCGUCCACCCCUCGGCCGCCCUGGCCCUGGCCGCCGCCCUGGAGAGCCUGGCCGCCCUCCUCCAGCAGGCCGCCCUCCGCAGAGCCCCCCCGCAGCCCGGACACGACGGGCCCCUCUCCGCCCGAGAGCUCCAGGACGCCCUCCGCCAGGAGCCCCAGCUCUGGGCCCUGCUCCAGCCCUGCAGCCACCUCCUCUGCCCCGCAGGAGCCCCAGGUAUGCUUUCUCUGCCAGCAUACUUCAGUCCUUAUAAUGAUGGAUCCACGUGCAGCAAUGGAAAAGCGGAUGCUUACGCUCAGCUGGAACUUCGAACUUUAGAACAAUCUCUCCUGGCAACUUGUGUUGGUAGCAUCUCUGAACUCAGUGAUCUGGUCUCCCGAGCAAUGCAUCACAUGCAGUGUUUGAACACUCUGCGCCCUGGCAUGAGUCCUGUUCGACAAACCAGGCAGCAGCAGCAACCUAUCAUCUGGUCCCCUGAUGCUCUCCACACCCUGUAUUACUUUUUACGCUGUCCUCAGAUGGAGUCCAUGGAAAACCCCAACCUUGAUCCACCAAGGAUGUCUCUGAAUAAUGAACGGUCCUUCAUGCUUCUGCCUCCGUUAAUGGAAUGGAUGCGAGUAGCUAUAACCUUUGCUGAGCACCGGCGCAGUUUAACCGUGGAUAGUGAUGAUAUAAGGCAAACAGCCAGACUCCUCUUACCUGGUUUGGACUGUGAACCUCGGCAGCUAAAACCUGAAUGUUGCUUUAAUUCAUUCCGAAGAAUGGAUGCUAAGGCUGCCACUGAAAAAUUCCAGCAGGAUCUAGGAUUUCGAAUGCUGAACUGUGGAAGGACUGAUUUGGUCAAUCAGGCCAUAGAAGCAUUGGGACCUGAAGGAGUCAAUACAAUGGAUGAUCAGGGUAUGACACCACUCAUGUACGCCUGUUCUGCGGGAGAUGAAGCCAUGGUCCAGAUGCUUAUUGAUGCUGGAGCAAAUCUAGACAUGCCAGUCCCUGGUAGUUCAUCUCGAUACCCAUCGGCUCACCCUGAUAGUCGGCACUGGACUGCACUUACUUUUGCUGUCUUACAUGGACAUAUAUCUGUAGUACAGCUGCUCCUGGAUGCUGGUGCUCAUGUUGAAGGCUCUGCUGUUAACAGUGGAGAAGACAACUAUGCUGAGACCCCACUUCAGCUGGCUUCAGCAGCAGGCAACUAUGAGUUGGUCAGUUUGCUACUUAGCAGGGGAGCAGAUCCCCUUUUGAGUAUGUUGGAAGCUAAUGGGAUGUCCUCAUCACUUCAUGAAGACAUGAACUGCUUUAGCCAUGCUGCUGCACACGGACAUAGAAAUGUGCUACGGAAGCUCCUGACUCAACCACAGCAGUCCAAGGGAGAUGUUCUGUCACUGGAAGAGAUUCUAGCAGAGGGUGUGGAAAGUGACACUUCCAGCCAAGGCAGCUCCAAUGAAGGCCAGGUUAAGCUGUGCAAAACCCGGAUGAAGGCUUUACAGGAGGCCAUGUUUUACAGCGCUGAGCAUGGCUAUGUUGACAUUACGAUGGAGCUCAGAGCACUUGGAAUCCCAUGGAAGCUCCACAUCUGGAUUGAGUCACUCCGAACAACUUUUUAUCAGUCUCGUUAUUCAGUGGUACAGAGUCUCUUGCGGGAAUUUAUCACCAUCAAGGAAGAAGAAUACAACGAGGAGCUGGUUCAUGAUGGACUGCAGCUUAUGUUUGAAAUCUUCAGAACCUGCAAAAAUGACUCUAUCAAUCAGCAGCUUGCAGCUAUUUUUGCUCACUGUUAUGGGAACAGCCCCAUCCCCAGUAUUCCUGAAAUCAGAAAGACACUCCCAGCACGCCUAGAUCCUCACUUUUUAAAUAACAAGGAUAUGUCUGAUGUUACUUUCUUAGUGGAAGGAAAACUGUUUUAUGCACAUAAGGUUCUUCUGGUCACUGCUUCAAACAGGUUCAGAGCACUGGUGACAAAUAAAACAAAAGACAGCCAAGGCAAUAGACUUGGAAAUUAUGAUAUGAAAUAACAGUAUCUCAAGAUGCUGAUGCAAUAUUUAUAUGGAGGAACAGAAUCUAUGGAAAUUCCUACUGCAGAUAUCCUAGAGUUACUUUCAGCUGCAAGCCUAUUCCAGUUGGAUGGCCUCCAGAGACACUGUGAAAUCCUAUGUUCUCAGACCAUCAGCAUUGAAAGCUGUGUUAACAUCUAUAAAUAUGCCAAGAUCCACAGUGCCCCGGAGCUGGCUUCUUUUUGUGAAGGUUUCUUCCUCAAGCACAUGAAGUACCUGCUGGAGCAGGAACCUUUCAAGCAACUCAUCUAUGGCAGGAACAGUAAAGUCCAGGGUCUGGACACUCUGCAGGACCUACAAGCUACAUUGGCCAGCAGACUUCACUCUAUUUACAUCACAUCAAGGGUGUGAUUGCCAAGAGGAAAACUGGGAAUUGUAGUCAAAGCACCAGCUCAUCUGAACUGCACUAAGAGGGGAACUUGCCCUCCUGUGGCCUUCCCCUUCUGGAGACACUAGCCUGAAUUGGAAACUCCUCCAGCACCUCCACCACAUCCAACUACCUACAAAAUAGUACAUCACUCAGAGAUGAGUUAGGAUGCCACAACUAUUUCAUCUGAAAGGUGAUGAGAAGGGAAGGAAGGAUGUUGCUAUACUGCCUGACAGACAUCUCACAGGAGAACUUUUCGGGGAAGGGAGUAAUUGUAGUGUCCAAAAGAUUUUUUUAAAUUCUCACAAACUAUCAUUGACACUACUUUAUUAACCACCAGACAUGCUGGUGGAAAGCUGCAAGUAUAGAAAUCAUUAAGAUUUCUAAUAGAGGUUAUGGCUACUUAGAACCAACUAGAAGAUACUGAUAUGUCAUGUUGUUUGUGUACAGAGCUUAGAAACAUUCAUGUUUAUCCCUAAUGCAUUCAUGUUAAAUAAAUAUUUAUUCACUAACAUUAAUCAUGCUAGUGAAAAUUAUAAAACAAUCUGUUGCAUUAAUAUACUUCAUAGCACAUUAGUAAAAUCCUAAAUUUUCAAAAAUCAAUGAAAAUGAUUUAAAAUGGUGGUGGGGGGGGGGACCCAGAUUGCUCCCCUCUGUGACCAAGUUCAGUGUUGUGAAACACUUACUCAACCCAUUGACAUUAUUGUCAUUUAACUAUUAAAGUCCUUUAAAUUUGAUAAUGUCAAUGAAUUAGAGGGGGAAAUUAAUUUUAAUUAAUUAUUUCCAGGCUCUGCUGUAUACAUAAAACUAGAUGCUGGUUUUAUAUAUACAAACAACUUGACACAUUGUUUGUUAGGGUUAGUCAAUAGCCCCAGAUGGCCACGUUAUAAACUAAUCUGGCAUUUGUCAUCCUGUGCCAAGAUUUGAUUAUCAGUGGUGCAGUUGGAGCAAAUGCUCCAGGUCUCGUGGUGGCCUGGGGUCCUAUGAUGCUUCUGGUACCAUACACACAUAAACACACCUUUUCCUGUGUGCCUUUAAAGAAAGAAACAAUCCUGGGGAGCAACAGAUCUCUUCCCUGCUGGCAGGAUCAGUAGCAUUUACCACCUAUCUGAGCCCCAUUCCCCAGCUGUGAGGUGAGUGAAAAGGUGGGUGGCAUGUCGAUGUCAUUAAUCUGAGUCCCUGGCUGGGACAAAGGCAAGGGAUGCCCCCAAGUUGCUCCCUACCACAAGCUUGAACUUGGGUGACUCUGACCCCUGGGAGGGCUCCUCUUCAGCCAGCAGUGCCAGCAAGCCUACUCCCUUGCUCUUCAACAUGGAAGCCAGGGCAAGUGUACAUGUUGAGGGGAACUCUGUUUGAAUUGCUCCAUCCACUUUAGUCCAGUUUUUUCCCCCUGAACUCUUUGACCUUUCAAGGCCUACAAGCUCAAUAAGGCUGUUAGAAAGCCUAAGGCUGAAAGUUACUCUAGACUUACCAGCAGAUAAGCCCCAGUCAAUGCAGUGGGGCUAGCUUCCAAGUAGAAAUGCAUAGGAUAGUGUUGAAAGACUGGUUUCAAAAUGUGCCACCAAACUUAGAUUUCAGGUUACAUUGCAUCUCUUUUUAGUUACAGCCCUUAAAAGCAAUUUAAAGGCAAACCAACCAAAAUCUUACACUGCCCAGGUUAUUCUGGUUGUGACCUUAACACUGUGGUAUCUGCAACAUUGGCUGCUCCAAGGACAGAAAUUCCCAAAAUGUUGCACAAAUACUGUUGUGUAUAAAGAUUUCAAGGAUGCCUUUGCCUGUGCUGUAUUUAAGCAAUUUAUCCCAGAAAUUUCUGACACUGUAGUUCCAAUUUAGGCCAUUGUAUUGCUGGGAAUUAUAGGCACUGAACAUUAUGGCACAGAGUGUCACAGAUACUCCAACCCAGCUAUGGAAAUUUGUGCACAUAAAGAAACUUGUAAGAGUAUAUUAUUUGUUGGAUUGGAGGCUUCAGGCAUACAUCAGAGGCACAUUUAGAGUGGAGUUGCAUUUUUUUAAUGGGGAUGGGGCAGCUAUUCUGUUCCACAUUCAAAUAUGCGUUUCUCUGCCCCAUGCUUGUACCAUUUGUUGCACAACAGUUUGUGAGUGACUGUGACUAAAAUGGAUUUCAACUAUAAAGAUUCAGUCUGUAAUGAAAUUAGAUUGUAGCUUUAAGAAUUCUCUACAAUGGGAAUACCUUUUCUGAAUGCCUAACAUUUAGCCAAGGGUCACCCUUUCAUUCACAACUGGAGGAGAAUUUUGGGGAAAUAUUCAAAAACAGAUAUCACAAGGGAAAAUACUUCUUCUGUAAAAGUGGUUGUAAGUGGUGGUUGUAAAUUGAAUCGAAGAGAAAGACAGAGAAACAAGGCAAAGGCACCAGGGAAGAGAUAUAUGUUAUAACUGUACAUUUGUAGAAUUUCCAGGAAGAUAUUGGAAGUGUAAUAGGAGAGAGGCAAGUAUAAAUAUUAGAAGUAAAAAUGAGAGACUUUUCCACCAUCAUAUCUUUUUUUAAACCAAUCCAACACUGUAAACCAGUGGUGAGAAUUCAUGUUGCCCUUCGGAUGUUGUUGGAUUGCAUCUCCCAACAUACUUCAUCAUUGGUUAUGCUGCUUUGGGACUUUACAUGAGUCUUGUAACCCGUACUCCCCCAGGCUCAUUGAGUCCUGCUUACACAAUGCAGGGCCAAAACCCUGAAUCAGAUUCGGACCAUCUCCACAACACCUGCACCCAAUUCGGGGCUUCCUCCAUCUAACCCACAUUUUAAAAACUCACCUUCUACGGCAGGUUUUCAGAAAAUUUUUGGUGACGACUGGUGACUGCCUUUUCACUCAUGCCACUGCCGGCAUGAGUUGCUCUAAGGUUAGAACAAGGCAUCUAAUAGUGUGGCUGGGUGGCUUGUUCUGAACUUAACAGUGAUCCCAGGCAAUGAACAGGGACCAGGCGCCAUGUCUAUCGUCAUUGAAAUAAUUAAAUGCUUAUUCGGUUGGCUUGAACUCACAUAAAGGAACACAUCUUUUCUCAGGUAUUCAGCCUCCUUUCCUAAUUCUGAACUUCUGACAGAAUUCAAUCUCUUCAUAACACACCAAAAUCACAGAAAUCUCAGUCCCUACAUUCCCUAGAAAACAAACAAACAGAAGAAACUCAGAAAAACUGUACUUUAGUGUUCAAGGAAGGCAUAAUCAAAACCUAAGUACAGCAUCACAGUGCAAAUCACAAAUAUAUGAAGACAUGUGCUUGCACAGUAUCUGUAUAUGUUAGUUAUCAAAAAAGGUGAUAAGCUACACACCUUUCAGUCCUAUGCUUUUCACAAUUUGGGCCUCAAACUUACAUGACAGUAUAUUCUCUAGACUACAGAAACAGUAUAAGAUUUUCACUAAUUUGUUUGGAACUAUCCCAAGAGUUUGCAGUUUGGGUAAAUAAUUUUCAAGUAGCUGUUCCAACUGUUUGUACAAAAACAAAAGGAAUGGAUUUCUGUUGUAUUGCUGUAAUCUUGCUUGCUACAUUAACUGUACAUUAAUGUUGUUGCUUAUGUAAAUGUACCAUAUUUUAUUAACAACAUAACUUUGAUAAACUUUG